GGAUGUGGAAUUCUCCAUGAAUUCCGAAGAAGAACCUGACGAAGCUCCAACCUUCAUCCCCAAGAGGAAGAAGCGAUAGUGGCUGCUGCAAUAAGUCGAUUUUUUCGUGCCUUGCUCAUUCGUUGUGUGACAAGUGCCAAGGGAGGAUGAGUACCUUUCCUGGACCCCUCGUGGAGUUUCCUGGUGUAUCAGUUGAUCGUUUUGAUGGUGAAAAUCGUGAAAAUUCCGUGUUCUUCCUAUCCCAUUGUCACACGGAUCAUAUGGUUGGUUUGCAUUUGGGAGCACUUCCUGGCCCACUGUAUGUGAGUGAGAUUUCCGCUGUGAUCCUCCGACAGAGAUAUCCCCAAUUGGAGGAUGUUAGAACGUUGGAAAUUGGCGUGGAGACGGAAGUUCAGCUGAAGAAUGGAAGUGUGCGUGUUACGGCAAUCCCUGCUGGGCAUUGUCCAGGAUCUGUGAUGUUCCUCUUUGAAGCACCCACAUGCCGUGUUCUCUAUACGGGUGAUUUCCGUCUCAGGGAGAAGGAUGUGCGGAAUAUUCGGGUUUUUGAGCGAAUUCGCGGGAAGCUGGAUAACCUCUAUGUGGAUUCAACAUUUCUCUGCAAAAGCUACGAGGAUUUCCCCUCCCGGUCUGUCAGCACAAAGACCAUUGUGGAUUUAAUUGAGGAAUGGACAGCAAAGUCUGAGGAGCAUAUUGUGUGGCUGAAGACUCCAGCUCACUACGGAUCGGAAUUUCUCUUCAAGGAGAUCCACAAACGCACCCGGAUGCCCCUUCAUAUUGAGCCAUGGAAUAUGGCUGAUUAUGCGUACAUCCCUGACAUGGAUGGUGUGUUCACGGUGGAUGAGAAACAGAGUCAAAUUCACGCGUGCUGGAAACCCGGAUGUCCCGUCGUGAGGAGCAGCGGAAAGAAAGUCCGUGAGAUUCUCCCCACAGCCAUGUUCUGGACAAACUGGAAGGAAUCUCGAGACUUUGUGAAGGUUACUAAUUUCAACAUUCGCGUCUGCUACUCCAGUCAUUCCAGCAUGCGAGAACUACGAGACUUUAUUACCUUCCUAAGGCCAGCAAGUGUGAAAUUGAAUGUUAUUCAGGAGUCCAAAAAAACUGAGAUGUACAACGCUCUGAGGAAAAUUCUUGCCCAGGUUGAUGCAGACAAAGAGAAAGAAGUGGCAGAAGAUCCUGCAGCUGAAACUCCUGCCGCUGAGGAACCUGAGAUAAUUUCCUUCAAGAACAUCAAGUUCAGAGACAAGCAGGAUGUGGAAUUCUCCAUGAAUUCCGAAGAAGAACCUGACGAAGCUCCAACCUUCAUCCCCAAGAGGAAGAAGCGAUAGUGGCUGCUGCAAUAAGUCGAUUUUUUCGUGCCUUGCACAAUUUAAUUGAUAAGACGCAGCAAUAUAAGUCGAUGAAACCUGAAACAUUUAACCAUUCUCAGCAGAAUUCCUCAUCCCCAUCACCAUGACCAACCAACCACAACAUGCCAAAUCAUCAAUUUUCGAUGAUUCUAUAACCACAAGAACUCCUUCUUAUCGUUUUGGAAUGUUUACAAAAAGAAUAAAAAACAAAACUUUUAUUUUCUCUUCAAACCUUCUUUAUUUGCGCACAUUUCUUUCUCUUUUUGUUGUUGUUAAAUAAGAAAAAAUAAAAGAAAAGACGACCCCUUUCCUGUAAUUUAGGAUCGUGGUCUCUCCUUCUUUUCCUUGUAAAGCGCCAAGAGUGACACGUUCGCUACUUUCACGACC